AUGGCUCCCAACGGACUGAAGCAUUUGUCCAAUGCCUUGGCAACUCCCGAUCAACUCUCGAACUCUUCAUCAUCGAUUGACGGUGUCCCAUCUGACCUCGAGACCUCCAUUCGUUGCGCGGGCGCCCAGCUUACCCAAGCUGCUGGUAUUCUCCUCCACCUCUCUCAAGAUAUCAUUGCACGAGCGGUCGUGAUUUUCACGCGAUUUUGGCUUGGCGCUGACGGGGGUAGCUUGCGUAUCUACUCAGUGAAAGAUGUAUCAGCCGCAGCCCUUUACCUGACAGCCAAGCUUUCCUUCCAACCAACGUCACCACGCUCCGUUCUUAAUGUCUACACACUCCUCCUGUCAAGGGAUGCAUCACCCUUGUGGUUUGUGAGGCCUGGCGGAUCCCCGGAAGCUCCCCCUUCCCCCGAAACCUACAUUCUGUCCGAGGGCGGCUACCAGUCCGCACGGCUCGUCCUCCUCCGCACCGAAACAGUUAUCCUUCGCACCCUCGCCUUCGACACACAUGUCGCCCUUCCCCAUGCUAUCGCCUUGACAUAUCUUCGGACUUUGGGUGUAACGAAACCUGCCGUUGCCCAACGGGUGAUUCAGUACCUCAAUGCAUCGUUGCUCUCGCCCCAGCUUCUCUAUGUCACCCAUCAACCAAAUGCCCUCGCCGUGGCUGCCAUUUACCUCUCUGCGCGCGAGGAGGGGGUCAAACUCGUGGAUUGCGAGUGGUGGGAGGUCUUUGAUGUCGACCGUGAAGAGCUAGGUUUCUUGGUUGUGGGCAUGAAGAGUACAGAAGGCUUCAUGCGGGCGGAGGCCAGCCAGUGGAAUGACAAAUCUAUUCCUAUGGUUGUAGAUGAGGUGGAGGCCGAAAUUGAGCGACGGCGGAUGCUGGAGGAAGGCGAAUGA